AUGGCGACGUCGGGAACAUAUGUGACGGAGGUUCCAUUAAACGGAACAGUGGACAAGUACUACAAGAGGUGGAAGAGCGAGAACCAUCUCUUCCCUGACGCCGUUGGCCACCACAUCCAAAGUGUCACCGUUCACGACGGGGAAUGGGACUCUCACGGGGGUAUCAAGAUAUGGAACUACACAUUAGGUAUUCCUUUACUUAUACCUGAUUCUCUCUUUAUAAAGGAGAUCUUCAAGGAGAAGAGGGAGAUAGACGAUGAAAAUAAAAGGGUGACGGUUAGAGGACUUGAAGGUCACGUGAUGGAGCAGCUCAAGGUUUAUGACCUCAUAUUCCAAUUUAUUCCAAAGUCUGAAGAUGGCUGCGUCUGCAAAAUCACUAUGAUAUGGGAGAAGCGCAACGAUGACUUCCCCGAACCAAGCGACUACAUGAAACUCCUCAAGAGCUUGGUUGUUGAUAUGGAGGACCACGUCCUCAAAGCUUAAUCAGCAUCAUCAAUUCAUCAUCAUCCCAAUCAAAUAUCAUCAUUAAUUAUGAAUCUAUGAUCGUCAUCAUCCCUAUAUGUUAACGUUGUUUUCAGUUAUAUAUAAUAAGAUGGGAUCUUGUGAAAGUUAAUUUCUGUAAUCCUUAGACGAUAUGGAGAUGCCGC